AUUGUCGAGACAGUGUUGUAAAAGAAACCUGAGACUGAUGAUUUUCCUGAGCUCAUUCGUAACCGGUGGAAGAAACGUUGUCUUGAGAUGAAGAACAGUUGUAGGGUGUUAUAUAUCUGUUCAUCUGCACUAUAAAUGCUACACCCAUUAUUAAUAGUUUUGUUGGCUUAAAAGUGAGAGAUUUACCCUGUCAAUUCAUAUUCGUUAGUGUUUGUGACUGUUGUUUACCACAAGGAAAUCUGAUAGUUGUGGAUAAGCAAAAGAAAAAGAACAGCCCUUUCGACACCGAAAGAAGACAUGGAUGCAACCAAUUCUAGUCCACCUUCAUGCAGAAAUACCCUGUGUUUAUUUGAUGUGGACGGCACUCUCACUCGACCAAGAGAGAAAAUCGACCCUCAGCUGGAUGAGUUCUUCCAGUCUCUAAGGGAGAAAGUGAAGAUAGGCAUUGUGGGGGGGUCCGACUACUGUAAGAUCGCUGAGCAGCUUGGAGAGGGAAAUGAAGUGAUAGAAAAGUUUGACUAUGUGUUUGCGGAGAACGGGACGGUGCAGUACAAGGAUGGGAAGCUGCUCUCCAAACAGGCCAUUCAAAACCAGAUAGGAGAGGAGCUUCUUCAGGAUCUCAUCAACUUCUGUCUCAGCUACAUGGGCCUUAUCAAGUUACCGAAGAAAAGGGGCACCUUUAUUGAAUUCCGCAAUGGAAUGUUAAACAUCUCCCCGAUUGGACGAAGCUGCACGCUGGAGGAGCGUAUUGAGUUCUCUGAAAUCGACAAGAGAGAGAAGAUCCGGGAAAAGUUUGUGGAGGCCCUGCAGGAGGAGUUUGCCGGGAAGGGACUCCGGUUCACUCGAGGUGGUCUCAUCAGUUUUGACGUGUUCCCCGAGGGCUGGGAUAAAAGGCUGUGUCUUGACGUGCUGGAGAGGGAGGGCCUGGAAGCGAUCUACUUCUUUGGCAACGAGACGUCCUCUGGAGGUAACGACUAUGAGAUAUUUAACGACCCUCGGACGAUCGGCUUCACCGUGUUCUCCCCGGAGGACACAGCCAGACUCUGUCGAGAGAUUUUCUUCAACGCCCCUCCUAACGAGUCAUGAUGCCUCCUCAGCCACUCCACUGCCUCUGCUGUGCUCCCCAUGCUCCCCCCUGUGGCCAGGGCAGGUGCUACAGAGAAGAUGGGCGCAGCAGAUGACAGAGGGCUGUGCACCAAGCUGUCUCAGAACACUACUGAUUUUACUAUUUUACUAUCUUGAACUUGAUUUUUUCUGAUGCUGACUUCAGCAAGCACUGGACUCGUCACUGGCUGGUAUCCAUGGAAAUUACAAUGUGAUUUGGAUAAAAGCAGUGUAAUCACAUUGUUUUUAUAAAGCAGUGAUUAACAGGGCCAACACAAGAAAAUAUUUCUCUCACAUCUUGAUUUUAACCUGAUAAUAUGUUUUAUCUGUCAAACAAAUUGCACCAUUUGUACCAUUGCGCAUUAUUUGUACAUAUCAUUAUAAAUGACAUAUUUUAGUACCUAUAUGGUAUUGUGGCCUAAAACAACUCGCCAGACACAUAACCAUCAGGGAAGUCAUCCUUGGAAACUGGAAAAGGGCAGGCACUUUUCAAAAAAUACUUGGCAGGCAAUUAGAUGACCCAUUUGUCUAUCACCGACAUGGUCUAUCAUGGGCUAACUUCAACCACGCUUGUAGCUGUCAGUAGUUCCUUAUAGUUCGCUGAUUGGUCCGAACCACUGUGGUUUGGGUACAAACAAAUCUCACAAAUCCAGUUGUCUCAAAAGGUUAUGUGACUGUCUUUAAAACUAAAACAUCCUUGUUGUAUGUUCAUGUGAAGACUUAAACACAUUAUAAAUAUAUGGUUGUGUAACAAAAAUACAUAUAUAUGCCAUUCAUUUUUGUUUUGCACUAAAGUUGACAUAGGUUGGUAGUUUACAUAGUGAGUUAGUACAGGUUUUAUUUUCUAAGAGAGAGGGAACAAUGAAGAAAGUGUUUUAUUUGUGUUCAUUGUGAUUUCUGAGAUAACUGACACCUGCUCAGAAGUCUUGUCCCUUUGUAGGCAUUGACCUACAAAUCAUUCCAACUAUUUAAAAAUUUUAGUACUGGAUCAUAGAACUGGAUGUCACACAUGUUUUUUCUCCUGUAGUGGUAGCUCAGUUAUUGACAUCCGUUCCAAAUUUCAGAACCAUAAGGUUGGACUCAACUGUGAUAGGUACUCAGACAAUUGAUGUUUGUGAUUAACCAUUUGUUGCAAAUGAGAUGUGUCAUUAGAAUGUAUUUGGUCCUGGCCAUAACCUUUAGAUUGUAUUUGUUCGUAACACUAUUAAAGAGCCCACAUCUGGAGAUUCCUGGAAGAUGUUCAUGACUGUUGUGGAAACGAUCACACUCCAUGUUCAUUCAAAUUCAUCAUGUUUAAUGUGGAUACUCUAUGCCCACCAACAGAAACACAGGGAGGUAUACUGAUUAAACAAUUUGAUAGUA